UUUUUGCACAUUUAUUGCUGUAGCAUAUAAAAAAAUAUUUAAAACAAAAUAAAAUAAAUUUUAUUUGUGUGUGAGUGUGAAAACUUCGAAUAAUAAAAUAUGGAUUAUAAUUGCAUACGACUGCUGCAUUUGCAACAUCAUCUUCAGCACAAAUCUCCACAUUUUCGAAUAUCAUCGCUCGUUUUACUGUUCAUCGUCAUACCGACAUUGGCUGCUGAUGAUUUUACCCGGAUAGAUCCAUUAGCAUUAUUGUCCGGAACAUUACGAACAUAUCAGCGCGCAGGCUGUGAUCAUGAAUAUUUGCAAUUAAGUUGCCCACGCGGUACAACAAUUUCCAUAGAAUUCGUACAGUAUGGUAAAUAUGGCAUCAAUGGAGCUGGAUUGUGCCCUGAUACCACAGAAAAUACACAAAGUGAUGCGAAUGUUAUUACAUCAGGAACGGAGAUUGAAAUAAAAGCAGCAGAGAAAUGCAUGUGGCCUCAGGCAUUGCAGUACUCAUUACUCCAAAUAGUCGUUGAGGCGUGCCAGAAAAAGAGACGAUGUAGAUUUUUAUCGUCACCGAAAACAUUUGGCGGAGAUCCGUGUCCGGGAAUGAGAAAGUUCAUAGAAGUCGCAUACAAAUGUCGACCGAGCGAAUUUCGUAGUAAAGUAGCGUGUGAAAAUGACAUAAUGUCGUUUGAAUGUAAUCCGUAUUCACGAAUUGCUGUAAAUGCGGCCAGCUUUGGACGAACUGAAUAUGAGAGUCUACAAUGUCCACAGCAACCAGGUGUAAAAGAAGAAAACUGUUUGGCAAGCUACGCAACGGAGGCAGUGAUGCAAUAUUGUCAUGGAAGACGAAGGUGCAAUAUUACCGCAGAUCAGAAAACAUUUGGUAAACCAUGUCAACCGGAUUCUAGGAUGUAUUUAAAAGUUAUUUAUACAUGCUUGCCAAGAAGGCUUUUGAUCGAUCGAUUCGAAUCAACGCCUGAACCCGACGAGCCACUUCCAUAUGAUGACAAUGAAGUGGAUCAAGAAGAAGAGCUUUACGAUGAAGAUCAAUUUUAUAAAGAGUCUGAUAUAUCACCCGGUCCUGCCCCAAAACUACAAAGUGAUUUAUCAAAGAAACCACAACAACGACCUGAUAAUGACCCAGUUUUUACUCCAACUGUGUCGUCUAGUAUAAGUCCGCCUCAACAUGCACGAGAUGAUUCUCCGAUUGAGGAAAAUCAGGAACGUCUCUAUCUUUUAUUGAUCAUUUCUGUAACAUCUGGCGUGUUACUAUGUUUACUCAUUGUCAUCGCACGAUGGAUUUUCAUUAAACGUAAGCCAUCGAAGGAUGAGAGUAGCGAGCAAGGUAAAACUCCAGCACAAUUUAAAACAUCAAAUACAGGUGAAACAACAAUAACAAAUGGAUUUUCAGCAGACGAUAUCUCUGAAAUAGAUGCUGAUAUAGAUCUUACAACACCAUUACCAAUGUCAACAGGCAGCAGUAGCAUUACGAGAAACGAUAAUUUCAAUACUUACACACCGUCUCCAUCGCCUUAUGGAAAUUUGGGGCCAUCAAAUAUCUCACAUACAUCAUCAACACUCCUUAUGCCCCAAUCGUCCAUCAGUAGUUCAUCUGGCACCACUGGUACACCUUCGCUACUUAGUGGAUCGAUAAAUCCUGCCUUGAUGUUACCACCACCAUCAUCACAUUGUACAACAAUGACUACAGGCUUUGUAAAUAUGCCAAGUCUUAAUUUAAGUGGUACACUUCCCCGUCAACAUCCUGUUGUUAGCAUGGGUGGAUUAAGUCUCAUACAAGCCCAGCAGCCGACAUCGUAUGUCGGUGGUACAAUACUCGGUCAUCCGACACUUAGAAGACAGUCAUCACAUGACAUGGAACAGCAACAAAAUAUGCCACGAUUUCUCAAUCGUAAUGCUGGUAACGUGCAAUAUUAUUAUGGAUGACAAACACCGACACCAACACUCUUGUCACCCGCCUCAUCCACCCAACCAGUUCCAUUUCCACAAUCAAUAAGCGUAAGUGGAAUGAGGCCAUUAAGUAUAACGACACCAUUGACAAUAACAACAACGACGUUAGCAAAUGUAAAUGGUAGUGGAGAAAAUCAAAUGACAUCAACAACAUCAUCGACAGUUCCAGCAUCAAUGGCAACAGUAACGACAACAUCGAAUAUUAGUGGUGAUGUGAGUGGAAAUCGGACAUAUUGUUUCUAGAAUUCAAUAAAUAAUUUAAUAAUUGUAUAUAAUGAUAAGAGAAUUCCACGGGAUGACAAUGAUCUCGUGUAUUUGUAAAGAAUUGUACAGAACCCCCCAAAAAAAUAUACGAAAAAUAAUAUUGUUUAAAACAAAAGAAAGAAGAUUGAGAAAUAAUUUCUAUCGUGUCGCAUUUAAAAUUAAUGUUUAAGUUCAUUUGAGCGCGGUUUUCUCGAAGGUUUUGUUUUUAAGACCCCACGCUUACCUAUUUUCGAUUCUGAUAAGGCAAAAUAUCUAUUAUGAUUCUUGAAUAGUGUUGAUUGCACACCUGAUGUUAAGCCAUGUCCAAAACCGCACAGUGAAACGGUUCGAAGAAUAUCCCCGUCGGCCUGUUUCACUAAAGUGGAUUAUCCUCGAUUUCGGAAUAUCCACUUCAGUUUUUUGGAUAUAUCUCCAGACGCUUAAAGUUAUUAAGAGAUCUAAUGUGUGAUCUAGUUAGAGUAUUUUGCUACUUAAAUUAACAUAAACUUAGAAUUUUUAUAUCUUCAUUAGUUUGAGAAUUAAAGCAAAAAUCGAAGUUAAUCUCCUAGAUUUGGCUAGAAAAUUGAAUAAUUAAUACUUCUUAACAAAAAGUAAAAGUUUAAACUACACAGAAAUUUCAGGCAUAGUUCACUCUAUUAUAAUCCAAUAUAAGAAAUACCACACCUCCUAUUAAGUUUAAGAUAUUUACAAAAAACUGAAGUGGAUAAUCAGAAAUCGAGGAUAAUCCACUUUAGUGAAACAGGCCGCGUAUGUUUAGCUCUCAUUGGCACCUAUCAUUCAAAGUCACAACCUGUAAGACUUCCUGUUCGAUUCCUAAUCGAUACAAUAUAAUGAAAUGCGAAUAGUGCGUGAUCAUUAUGUUAGCUAAAAGCUGUCUUAUCACAUCAAUUAAGUCACAAGAGUAAGAUGUUCUAAAUUGUGAACGGUUUCAAGCACUCCCAGAGACAAGCUAACCUAAAAUCUAAAAUCAUUGAUUAUGCAACUUUUAAGCAUAAUUAAAAUUGAAAUGUGACUAAGUAAGGUGUGCUGGGUAGCUCUAAAUCCAACCCUUGACAACAAUUUCCUCUAGCACUUGAUGCUAGCUGCUUGGUAGUAUAUCGAAGACAGUAAAACACUUAAUUAAAGCGCCUUAAAUCUUCGUCAUGCUACUGCAACAAAUUGUUAAAAUUUUAUAAAAUCAAGAAAACCGCGCUCCCAAGAACCAAUCCCCCUCAGUUCUCAUGACACACUUAAUUCACAGACAAAAUUAUGUUCUUCAUUGCCAUCCAUCAUUGUUCAUACAAAAUUUUCAAAGAACUGCAAAGCAAUUCAGCUUUAAAACUUGAAAGCAUAAAUUUCAUUACAUUAGAAAGAAGAGCAAAGUGAAGCUGUAAAGAAGCAAAUCUUCUUUUUUGCUGCUUCUUUGACAUUUAAAUUCACAUUUUUAUUUCGCAUGCUGACACAGAUUUUUGUAAUUCUUGUUCCUUUCUCACAAAUUUUCUCAUAGAUUCUAUCAGAUUCAUUUUAUUUAUUUUAAUGCAAAUUUAAAAAAUUUCAAAAAUCGAAAAAUAAAAUGCGAAAGAUGUAAAAUUUGAUAGAAACGGAUGGGGAGGAUUAAAGUGAGAUUUUUUAUUUUAUUUUAUUAUACUAGAAGAAUCAUCACAAGACUUUUUCUACUGAUAAUAUGUACGGAUGAGAAAAAAUAUAGAAAAUAAAUAAGGCGAAAUCUUGUUUUAGACUAAAAGAAGAAAAAAAAAUAUUUUAAGAGGAAAACAGAUGGAAAUGAAAAUUUAGAUGAAAAAUUUAGAAAAUAAAAAGAAAUGUUGAA